AAUAAACCAAAAUCUAGCUGUCAUUGAUGUUCGUUAGAAUAGAGCGUGAUAAUGAAUGCUGUUUUUAGGUAAUAAAAGGCUCGCUUGGCUAGUUACUUGUGUGCCGAAUUUACCAGAAUAACCUCAAGAUUCCUAAAUAGUUUUUUCCCCCUAAUUUGGAGUGUGUGAAACCAUGGAACAGGAACAGCAGGUAGAAUGGGACGACGUGAAUAAACUUCUGCAGCAUCACGGUUUUAAGCCCGUGUACUUUGCAGAUCCCGUAGAGAACAAGAAUCUUUCAGAUCUGAUUUUGCUGGACCGGAAGUCGGCCGGCGAGAUCAGGAGGACUCUAAAGACGAUGCUCACAGACUCGGAGAGAAGACAGGCUCUGAUCCAGGAGCUCGUCAAGUCCAACAACCAACUCAAAGAGGAGGCUCAUGAGCACACUCUUGGAGCAGCUCAGCAGCGUGAGCGGUCCGCUGAGCUGGAGGCGCUGCUGGCCGUGGUGAGGACCAGAGUCCAGGACCUGGAGGACCGCUGCCUCGCCAAGGCUGUCCAACAGCACAGCCACACGCAACAACUGCAGCGGGAAAACCAGGAGGCACAGGAACGGUGUCAGGUCCUGGAGCGGAAGCUGUCCGAACAGAGGGAGGAAGUCGUUCAGCUUCAGAGGAAACUGUAUUUCACCGUCAAAGAAGAAGAGCAACGAUUGGCUCGCCAGAGUCGCGCUCUCCAGCACGUCUGCAACGAAGCGAGCCGGCAGAACUCCCCAGCAGAGCAGCGAUCUGUCAACGGAGAACCAGGAGGACCUCGCAUGACUCAUCAGACAAAAAUCAAGAAUGUUACUCCAUCUCUCAGAGCCAUCCUCAAGGCAUCCCAGGAACAGCAGAAGGGAAGCGCUGCUCAAAUAGAAGAGCUUGAGAGGGAGGUGGAGCGCCUGAAGCUCGAGCUGGAGACGAGAUUGCCUAAAGAAGACAACACGACUGAGAGCAGUGAGGACAUCGGUUUGUGUGCCCACUAUCGCCAUCUGUUGGAUGAGAUCAGUGCCGUUGUGAACAAUCCCAACGCUCCAUUACGCCUGCACCGACAGAAACCUUCCUCUGUUGGUUUGGAGCUGGCUGAGUUUCAGACUCUGCUCCCCACGCUGGAGGACUGGGCCCAGCAGCUCCACCUCCUGAAGGAUCUGCAAAGGGGUUUGUGUAAACUGAAAGGCAGACUGAUGCCCUGGCAGCCUCCUGACGGUGGCCAUAAUGCUGUAGAAGCAUUGAAGGUGGAGGACAUGAUGUUGCUGGUGGACACCAUGCUGGAAAACACCUUGUCUGGUGAGGAGAAGGUGCUUCGGAGUCCCACUCGCUACACUCUGGGCUCCAUGGUGUCUCACUUCCAGAAGCUGUUUGACGUCCGCUCCCUCAGCGGAGUGUUCCCACGAAUGAACGAGGUCUACACCCGGCUGGCAGAGAUGACCAACACCAUGAGGAACCUGCGAGAUGUCCUGCAGCUAGACUGCAGGGUUCCUCCGGCCGAGCUGGUGGACCACGUAUCCAGGCUGGUUUCCUCCACUGAACACGCCGCCGGACUCCAUCGGCUGCUGGGAGAGGCGGAUGUCGACAGGAUCCUGGUCAAAGUGAAGCAACACCACGAGUUCUUCCCUGCUUUCCAUGCCCUCAUCACGGACAUUUUACACACUCUGGGAGUGAAUCACCUGGACGCCAUCAUUCCUGCUCUGCAGUCUUUGAAACAAACGGCCCAGUGAUGGCACGUUGGUUCUACUGAACUCAGAGCUCCGUUUUUAUUCGACGUGAGGACUUUUGUUUGGAAUAAAAAGUCAACAUUUGGUGAAUGAGUCACAGUGACUUUAGUCUUAAUAAAUAAAUGAAUAAACAAA